UCUUCACAGGCACAACUCCAGAUAUAUUUGACCAAAAAAUAAGGUCUUCUAUACACCAGUGUAUUUAAUGAUUUAUGUAUACUUAUCUUUAGUUUCUUUUUGUCUUUACAGAAACAACUCCAUAUUUGACCAGAAGAAAGUUGAGGAUCCUACCCAGCUUAUCAACACUUACGAAAUGACAGAGUUGGUCGGGAUCGUGUCCCUUCUCUACGGCAUGCUGUUACACUCGGGAGCCCCGAGUCGUAGUGAUUCCUCCCCACCAGAGUUCCCUCAACACACCAUGGCUGUAGCUCUCACAGGGCUUAGAAUGCUCAACAAUAUGGCUACUCUAGACCUUCGUAUGUUGCAGAAAACUCUCGGAGAUGAGGGCAUGUCCUUAGAGUUCCGUCACAUCGCCAGCUACCUCAUGUGGUACUGUAGUCACCACACAUCAGAAGAUAUACUCCACGAGGUCAUACAGUGUGUCGGUUACUUCACCGUUCUCUGUCCAGACAACCAGGUUGUGAUCCAGUCCGGCCAGCCUCCGACCAUCCUACAACAGAUGUGUUCACUACCAUUCCAGUAUUUCUCUGACCCACGCCUCACCAAUGUCCUGUUCCCGACCCUCAUCUCAUCCUGUUACAAUAACCAAUCAAAUCGUCAGAUCCUAGAGCAGGAACUCAGCUGCAUGCUUCUGUCCAACUUCAUUGAGGAAAAACAGCUUGAAGUCCAGCAGGCGAAACUGCAUCCGUCUAAGAAAGGUAAAAUUGUCAAAAGACAUUAGCAAAGAUUUUGAUGUAUUUCCUGUAGAAAUCUACAGGCAUUUCCUUAUCUGAAUAGUUUUUUUCUGCUGGCAGUAAGAUUAGUGCCAGCCG